AAAGUAUCAAUAAAAUCACCUGCAGUUUCCUGUCACCUCUUCACUCGUAUUUUCCCUUUUUCGCUGUUCAGGGCUGCCACAGAGAUCGCUGGAGAAAAAAUUGGAGAACGUGACGAUGGACCUGGUGGGAAAUUCAAGUGUUUCCGGUGUUCCCUGGAGGAGCGAUUCGACUACAAGGGGACAAAACCCCCGUUCUCACGAGCUAUCGUGUACCUCGAGGAGUGUUACAUCAUGAAAGAUCCAUUCACUCCACCCAAUAAAGGACAAGUUCUCGUUCUAGGAGGCGACUGCUCCAUUUGUGGACAAUCUGUCUGUCUCAGCUGCAGUAUUUUCUACGCUAAACGAUUUUGCAAAGAAUGCGCAAACAAUAAUGACAAUCUACCGAAACAAUUACAGAGUAAAAUUAAAUCUUAAAAUUGAUAAUUCAUUCGUCCUGAUAGAUUCAAGGAAUUUUCCUCAAUUAUCCACUGUUUCUUCAACGUCCAGAUUUUUCUAAAUGUGAAGUUCAUUCAUAUAAACAAAGUUAUUUACAUUUACCGUCAACAA